AUGUUAUAUUCUUAUAAUUUAUAUAGGAUAGCUUUUAAAAAUAUGCCUGCCCUUUUGCAACAAAUUGGAGAGUUAAAGAAGGAGAUGGACCUUAUAAAAAAUGAGCUUGAAAUUGUCAAAAAUCAGAAAUGCACCCAUGGUGUUUCUGAGAUCAAUACGGAGGAAAUCUUCAACGAAAUACAUGAAAGGGCAACCAGAUCUAGGAACCUGAUAAUUUAUAAUGUGAAAGAAUUAGGUUGUGAUGAAUUAUUAGAGAGUAUUGAAGACGAUAAGAAGGUUGUGCAGGAAGUUUUCGAAACAUUGAAUAUCAGGCCGAGCAUUGGUGGAGUGAACAAGUUUGAAAAGGUUCUUCGAAUUUGUAGAAAGAAAGAAUACUCUUGUAGACCACUAAAAGGCAUCUGUGCUGAUCCGUUAUGUGACUAA